UGUAGUUUCCGCUUCCGGUCCCUCUUUUCCGGCCCUCCGGUACUGCACGCUGGGCUGGUGUUCGACUCCAGCUGGGGCUGCAGAAGGCAACAGUGAUCAUGGCGAUGUUUGAGCAGAUGAGAGCGAACGUGGGCAAGUUGCUCAAGGGUAUCGACAGGUACAAUCCUGAGAACUUGGCGACCCUGGAACGCUAUGUGGAGACACAGGCCAAGGAGAAUGCCUAUGAUCUGGAGGCCAACCUGGCUGUCCUGAAGUUGUACCAGUUCAACCCAGCCUUCUUUCAGACCACAGUCACUGCCCAGAUUCUGCUGAAAGCCCUCACCAACCUGCCCCACACCGACUUCACUCUGUGCAAGUGUAUGAUCGACCAGGCACAUCAAGAAGAGCGGCCCAUCCGACAGAUCUUGUACCUUGGGGACCUGCUGGAGACCUGUCACUUUCAAGCCUUCUGGCAAGCCCUGGAUGAAAACCUGGACCUCCUGGAAGGCAUAACUGGCUUUGAAGACUCUGUCCGAAAGUUUAUCUGCCAUGUGGUGGGCAUCACGUACCAGCACAUCGACCGCUGGCUGCUUGCAGAGAUGCUGGGAGAUCUGACCGGUGAGGCCUGCUGUUGUUUGUGUCAGCCUGAGAAGGUACAGGUGGUUGGCGUGGGACCUCAGCCAGCCCAGGGCAACCCAGUGCACCAUUUCGAGGUGCGGUGUCCACCUGUAGUCCCAGCAAUAGGAAGCUGGGGCGUGGGCUGUGGAGUGACCCCUGAAUGCCAGCUGUGUCAGACAGUGGUCCUGAUGCUGGUCGUGGCAGUGACGCCAGGAGCUCAGACCUUUUCACAGAUGGAGCAAGGUGGACAAGAUGUCUGCAUCUUGUAGUAGUUGGUGCUGCAA